GUCUUUUUUCCUCUGGUACGUGUAACUGAUUGCCUCUGGUACGGAACUUAUCCACCCCUCUUCCCUCAUACUACAAAUCUCGAAUGAUCAAAAAUUAGAAAAUCCAUCAUUUUUAUCUCAUUGCAGGCUAGAAUGUUUCUCCAGUCACUUGUUGCUUUUUGAAAAGUGUAGAGCCAUCGGUAGCUCCUCACUGUCUCUCUUAAAGAGCGAGACUCUUUUUCCUUCAGCUAUUCAUUCUAUUGUUACUAGUCUCGGAGUUGACCUCUAAAAAGAAAAAGCGGCAAGAUGGACGAGGACAGGCUGCGUAUGAUCUGGGAGCGAGAUGUCACGGGCAAGCUCACCCAGGAAGCGAAGUAUGAGAUUGAGAAACUCCAAGCUGAGAAGGUUUUGCGAGACCGAAAAAAAUCGGGAAGGGAAAAGAUCGAAGAACAAGAGCUCUACGUUCCGUUGGAGCCUGAGCUCGUGCUUAGAAAGAAGGCAAAAGGUACAUGCGAUGAAAUGUAUGGAUACAACUACUUUCAAAAGGUAUAUUACGCAAUUUUUUAUCUAAGAAUGUGUUCUUCUGUUCUUUCAUUCUGUGAAACGACUUUGAAUGAACAAAUUGCAGGUAAAGUGAUGUGGUUGGAGAAGGCGUUUCGUGCGCUACGCGAGGGCCGCAUUCCGCAGAGCAGUAUCACGAAAAUUUAUGAAAUUCUUGCGGCCCCGACUUUCUGCGACGAUUGGCACUUUGCUCAGUCAAAGAAGGCCCAUGAGAUGUUUGCGGACCCGGAUAACCUUCGAUUUUUCACGCAGAAUCAACAGAAAUAUCUUCAAUCGGACCGAUUCAAGAUCCAGAAAACUCAUGCGGUAGGCACUUAAUUUGCUUAAAUAUCUUUUUGAGCCUAUAAGUUCUGGCACUUUUCUCACGCUUACCACGUUAUUUUAGUCAAUAGAUUGUGACUUAUUCCGUGAGCGUUUAUGUUUGCUGCAGCUGAGCAGCGGCACGGGACUGCCUGGUUACUAGGUAGUUUCUCGAGGAAUUUCUUGUACUUCAAGUACUUCUACCCUAUGAUAUGCAGGUAGUAAACCUCUUGAGCAGCGAUGAGGAGGAAGAGGAGAUGAAUGUGCGAGGCCGCAACGCAAAAAAAAACGACCCAAGCGCGAAGCCCAUGUGGUUGAUUCGUCAGGAGCGGCGCCAGCAGGGUUUGCCGUCUGACUCGGAGGCCGAGGAGAGUGAAGCAGGCAAGGAUCGAAAACGAGAUGGAGCCCGACGACGAAGCAGAGACCGUCGCAGCACCGACAGGAGGGGGCGGGAUGAUGACACAAGAAGGAGAGACAGGCGCUCGCGCAGUCGUGGACGCAGGCGAGGCGAUAGUCGAGGACGUAGACGGGAGGGCUCGGGCGGGCGACGGGGACGUGGGAGACGACGCAGCGAGUCACGACGACGAGGACGCGGAGGUCGCUCCACCAGGGACGAUUCGCGACGCCGUGGGAAAGACGAUGCAGAAAAGAAGGACGAUGCUGACGCGUCUAAGGCACAACACGCAGCCGCCGCAAAAGGUUCUGCGUUGGCUGCGAAGAUAGAUGUGGAAGCCUUCAAAAAGCACUUAGAGGAGAAGAAGAACAAUCCGAACUACAAGGGCCCGGAGAAGCCGAAGAAGGAGAGAGAUUCGGAUGACAGUAGCGAUUCUGACGACAGCGAUUCGGAUCAAGAGAGCGUAGCUUCUCACCGCCAUGACGACGACGAUGGUGAUGACGGGCAAGAAUCGUCCGAUUCGGACGGCGCAGGAGGCAGAAUAUCGCGAAAGAAGAAGCUUGCUUUGAUGGAGAGGGCAGGAAAACAAGAACGGCGAAUCGACCCUACAGACGAAAACAUGUACAGCUUAGAAGAGUUCUGCGCAGCUUACGGCGGAACUCCAGCCAACCCGCCACGAAUCUGGCAGCAGCAACGACAUACAUCGCAUUGGUUUUCGAAAGGAUUCUAAGAUACUGCUGGCAUUCAUGUAGUGUGUCAAAUAGUCGACAAUCAGGAAAUCCUAUUCGCACUCUCUCUGUCUGAUUCUCAGAAAAGUUGCUCGUCAUUUUUGAGAUUCAUACAUCACCAAAAACGGAGAUCUGGACUGAUUCGAUUAAGUACAUUAAGGGUAGGUUAAAGGUGCUUUUCUUACCGCUUUUUAUGCCUCUCCUAAGGGAGAAAGGCAUAACAAGCGGGGUAAGCGAGCACCAAAAACCUACCUCUAAUUACAGCUGAAUAUGGACUGAGACGAUGACGAUCACAUCUAUGGCUUCACAUUAAUGUAGAGAUUGAUUCACACUUCUUUCAAAAACUCGACGAAAGUUCCUUUUCCUCGCCACCCCUCUCCCCUUCCGUCAUUCCCAUGGCAAUGUUCUAUUUCCCAUUUUUAUCUGUAACUGUAUCAGUGUCGUUAUACUACAACAUAGUUCAUCAUCGAAAGCAAUAUCAUGAUUGCUCUACGAAUCUUAUUGGUAAUUUACGUGAUAAGAAUAUGCCAGUAUUUCUGAUAACUAUAAUUUGUGUUCUGCAAUGACAAACCUUGAG